CUUUACUUUACCUUCACUCAUAAAUCCUCGGCUUCUCCACGUAUACAUCUCAACUUCGCAUGAAUUACAACCGGUAUAAAUCACUCACAUGAAUCUUGUGACCUAAUAUAUCGAUAUGCGCCUCCGCCUCUCGGUGCAGCGGAAUCGCCUGCCUCAAACCCAAGCGCUCUGGACCGUCCCCGAAGCCAACAAGUCGCCUGCUUAUACCAUCGCGCGGCUACUGGAAGAUGUGAAUCUGAUUUUCCCACUCGAAGGCGAUCACUGGGGUCUGGAUGAUUAUGCUGUAGAAGUUGGCGGAUUCGAAUGUCUUCACUUCUCACCUGUCGCGCAUACUCUCAGAGAUGACGACAUAGUCUGUAUCCGCCCGUUGAUGACAACAGAAGUACGCGAGAGGUCCCUCGGUGGCCGCAACCAGAUCUCUGAGGGCGGACAACACCUCUUGGAUGGUAUACCCUUCGGUCGACCUUACCUACGGGACCCCAACCGACCGCCCAUUCGCAUACCACCUCCAAGGCAAGCACGCCUAGUCGAGAUUACCGAUAACGCAAUGGAAGAGCAUCAGAGUGUGGGGAAUGUUGGUCUCAUCAUGGCUCACGGAGAAAGUCCCAGCGAUCAUUCCGCGAAGGAUCUGCAGAAUCGUGGUGAGAGUAAAGGAACCCACAAGGCCGUUCGGUUCGAAGACUUGCCGGUGGACCAGCUAGGAAGUGAAGAGUCCGAUGACGAGGACUUCGCACCGGAGGACGACCUUGAUGUGUCUAUGGACGACCUUGAGAGUGGUUCUGAUGGUGCAUCCGGCGAUGAAUCCUCCGCUGACUCUGACCCCAGCGGCUCCGGCAGUCAUUCCAGCAGUGAUUCUGACAGCGAGAGUGGGGGAGAUGAAGGGCCCGAGGAGAGGUCGACCAAAGUCAAACCAUAUGGGCCGCCUGGCUCGGGGUCCAAAUCAACCUGGAAUCGAAACCAGAGACGUAAGGAGCAAGCGAGGCUCCAAAAAUUGAAGGAGCAGGGCGUUUUGGAUGCUGAUGCUGGCUUCAAAGAAUUGAGAGCACUGUCACCAGCCACUAGGACAAGAGCGCUCACUAACAACAACCACUCUACCACACCCAGCAAAACAACAGUCGGAAUGUCUUCUCAGAAGCGUAAACGUGACGACCAAGAGGACGAAGAUUCAUCCCUUGAGCGCCGCAGGAUCGAGAUGCUAGCCAAGAUUGAUGAGCUGCAAGCACCAGCUACACCUGUGGACUCUUCAACACCCCCGUCAGCUUCGAAACGAUUGAGGCCGGACGUUUCUGCGUUUAAGCGGAUAAUUUCCCACCAGGCUCAGCCGCUUCAUAAACGAGCACCCAAAUCUAAGGCGGCUGACGAGCAACCCUCGAAGCCUUUGAAUACUGACCCUGAUCUCUGGAAAUCAAAACUCAAACUCUCAGCGUUCGAGUGUUGGGAGGAAGAGUAUGAGCUCAGUGCUCCGCCGUUCCCAUUCAAACAGCAUUGGGAUCCGGCGUCCAAGCUCAUGCGCCAGAAGGCUGCCCAAGAGAAGCAAAAGUGGCAGAAGAAGAGAGAUAAGAAGAAUGUCUCGAACAAGAACAAUGAUCCUGACUGGAGCAACGCUCCAAAUCAAGGUUACUCACCCAUCGAGCAGCACCAAGAGGGCGAAGAGAGCAUUGUGCUUGACUAUGGAGAUGCUCUGGAUAGCAAGACAGAUGCAGAUGUCAUGAAAGAGGUGGAUGCGCAGAUUGUGCAGGAUGUCGCCACAUCUGUGCAAGAGGAUUUGCCCCCGAUUCCCGACGAUGUUGCUUCACUUCCCAGUUUGUCCCAAGACGACAUCCGAAUCGGAACGGUUAUUGUCUUCAAGGUCUGCGAAAUCAACAUGAAGACCAUCCAGCCUGAAUUCAGUGACUUCAAGACGGCAAUCGUAGAAGAAGAAGGAGACUCAGGCAAUGGGGCUGGGACGAUUGGCUUGCGUCUUGCUCAGCGGGAUUUGCCCAGGCGUGAGAAGGAAGUCGACAAAAAGGGCGGCCGUGUCUACUCGCUCGCAGACCACUUCGGAAUAAAUGGUAACGACGAUGAGGACGUUGACGUCGGACUUGUGCAUCACCAUUUUCACGAGCUUUUGGAGGCCAAGCUGCUGAAGAAAGCUGCCGAGUAGGGCUCCCGAACACGGAUUUCACUGUACUAUAUAUUUCGAAGAUGAAGAGAGAUGUCGACCACAGUUUUUGUUCUACUCGAGCAGUACUAGUCGAGGCAUACAAUCGAUGUAAUGACUACUGAGAGUCGAUCAUGGGCGACACUUGUUUCUCUUGUGUAUUUCCAAUGAUGAGGUAGAUAUGAAUACUAUUCAAUGCGAGGUAGCAGAGUAUGUAUACCUCAGUUUACUG